GUAAAAGGAAAAUAUUGUUUGUUUUUCGGUGCAUUUUCUGAAGGAAAUCGCGGAGGGCCCGGCGGCCAGAAGCAGAAAGGGUUUGUUCGAUGGACAGCACGUCCAUUAUAACGCAGGUCAGCAAAGAGGAUGAGAUUAUUUCAUCGUCCCAGGAAAAAGUUUCUCAGAGCAGCCUCAGCUUGAAGAAACAGAGGAGUCGAAGCUUUUUCAACUCGUUCCUAUGUUGCUUUCGUGACUACAAUGUGGAGUCGACGACCAGCAACAGCAACAGCAAUGCUCAGAUCCCGACGGUGGAGGAGAAUGGGUCGAUCGCUAAGUCUGACCAGGUACAGGUCAUCCCCAGUCCCAGUCCUCCAGCCAAAUACCUCUUACCAGAGAUGAGAGUAUCUGAUGUUGGAAAGAAAUGUGUAGUCAUCGACUUAGAUGAAACCUUAGUACAUAGUUCCUUUAAGCCUAUUAACAAUGCUGAUUUCAUUGUUCCUGUUGAGAUAGAUGGGACUGUUCACCAGGUUUAUGUAUUGAAAAGGCCGCAUGUCGACCUAUUUCUGCAAAAGAUGGGGCAACUCUUUGAAUGUGUUCUCUUUACAGCCAGUUUAGCCAAGUAUGCAGAUCCUGUGGCAGACUUGCUGGAUCGCUGGGGCGUGUUCAGGGCCAGGCUGUUCAGAGAAUCAUGCGUUUUCCACAGAGGAAACUACGUGAAAGAUCUCAGUCGGCUAGGGAGGGACUUGAGCAAGGUCAUUAUAGUGGAUAACUCACCGGCAUCCUACAUCUUCCAUCCAGAAAACGCAGUGCCUGUGCAGUCCUGGUUCGACGACAUGUCGGACACAGAGUUGUUUGAUCUGAUUCCAUUCUUUGAAGGACUGAGUAAAGAAGAGGAUGUUUACAGUAUGCUGCAGAAUCUCCGCGGCAGGUAGCGAUUGUGCUCCGGGCGUGUCCUUGCGGCAGAUUCUUUACUUUGUUCUUGCCCAAUUUUUAUUUCGCCCAUCCAUAGCCCUGACACAACAUCCCCCACACCCCCUUCGCAGCGUAGCAUUUUUUUUGUAAAAGGAAAGGAACACCUCCUUCAGUUUCCCCUGCCUCACGCACCUGUGUUUGGAUCGGAACUGCAACUUUUGGAGGAGGAGCAGGAGGAAAAUAUCUUCAGAACAAGAAGCACUUCAGCGGCCCUGCCGUUAACUCACUAUGGACAUAGUGAUUGACGUCCAUUGAGCUUCUCGAAGCCUGAUGUCGGGAAGUCGCAGAUGACCAGACUUCGUUUGAAAAGGAAGAACUAUCAGAGAAAACACAUGUUAGAAAACAUAACGGAAAAUCUGCUUUGGACUACAGUUUGAGUAGAAAACUUUUCCUUCUCUCUACCUACCAAAAACAAGUAUUUGGGCAGUUCUGUAAUAUUCUUAAGUAUUUUUUUUCCUCUUUUUUGUUUAUUUUUUGGUUGUUGCUAUGCAGACAGUCACACUGAUCUACAGUAGCUGACCUGAUUCUGUGAUCUCUUUUUUGCAGAAUGAAGUGCCUUUUUGAAGAAAAAAAAAAGUUGAUAAUUUUAGAUGAGAAAAAAGCAAAGUUACUUUUUUUGUACACCGCAUAUUCCAGAGAUCUUUUAUCUUUUAAUGACUGUAUGUUUUAAAACAAAAAAAAACAAAAAUUAAUCUUUAUGAGCACUGUUAUUUAUGCUGAACACGUUGAAUUAUAAGUGCUGGGUACAAGUCUCCAGAGUCAUUAAACUUUUAAAUUUUAUACCAAUUGGCUUAAAUAUAGUUCAUGGACACCAAAUUAUGAUUUUUUAAAAAUUACUAUUUUAAAUAUAGGGAUGGUUUAGGGUUACUGAUGUCACACUUAUAAGCAGCCAUUGCAGUAUGACUUGAUAAGGGACAGAUCAGAAGCUGGAAUCAUUACCAGAGUUACCAAGUACUCGGGUAAUGUCAUGGUGCUGCCAGAUACUGUGAUGAAUAGUUUUUUCCUUUUCUCCCCAACCUCCAUGCCAUCUUGUUCCCUCCUUCCUCUCCUUUUUUUAACCUAAAUAGAGUGCCAGGAAGGUUUGCCAAAACUCGAUGCUUCCAUAUCUGUAGCUGGAAUGCUGGCUUAUCUAAACUCCUCUACUUCAAUUUCCACACAACUCAACACUGCAACAAGCCGAGGGGAGGGAGGGGGUCAGCCUUGCCUUGGAUUUCGCUGAGAGGCUGGCAUCAGAGUGCUCUGUGCCUUGAGGGUUGUCUGACGACGUUCUCUGCAGGCAUCGGUGGUGUGUGCAGUGAAGGGAAGCGGGCACAGAGACAGAUGGUGGUGGAGUGGUUGGAGGGCAAGAAAUUAUCGCAAGCGAGGUGUAUUGUAGAGUGGGAAUUUUGGGGCUUUUAAAAUGCAAUCUUUGCAAAUAACCUUACUGUUAUUCUCUGUUUAUUUCAAACAUUAACUGCUCUCUCCGUGAAGCAAUGACAAUCCAAAGCAAAAGGCUUUGGAUAAUGCCUUGGAUUUAUAUUGUGAUCCUGUCUGUCCAUAUUUAUGUUACCUCAAACGCUCUGUCUGAUUCUGAACCUUAUUAAGUGGCUUCCUUUCUCUCACUGUCUUUCGCUGGAUUUUGGGGCUCUCGUCUGAAAACUGGGUGUCUCAUUUCACCACCUGUGAGUAUUGAAGCAACAUCUGAAUUUUCAGAAGACAAUUUUUAUUUUUCCCUUCGUUCUUACCUCCCCCUUUUCCCCCUUCUUCCUUCCCUUCUACCUAGACCAACUAUGAUUUCCAUUUAAAGGUUGCUCGCUUGUGGCAGGUCAGUGUUACUGACUUAUGAACCUAUUGUCGUCUUGAGAAACAAGAAUAUCUUGCUGGAUUUUCACAGCGGGGAACAGUGGAAUCUCCUCAAUCUCUUAGUCUCCAAUGAGUGUUGAUCAUGUGUCGGUGUGUGCGCACAUACACACAAUAGUCAAUCUACAAAUUGUGCUGUUGAUCGUGGCAAGCCUGUAAAUGUGAAUUCUAUCAUUAGGGACAGUUGGUGUUAGCACAGAAGUGAACUGUUAGUCAGGAGCUAAGCAUAUCUUUCACAGCCAAGUCACUAACAAAAGUACUCAACAGUUCAGGCAGUAUCUGUGAAGAGAAACACAGAGUUAAUGUUUCAGGUUGAUGAGCCUUCUUGAGAACUAACUCUGUUUAUGAGGCCAUUGCUUGAAGGUCCUUUUUUUGUCCUCGGCAUUUGCUUGUUUCCCAAUGAUAGUUAUCCUGCUAUCGUUCUUAACAAAAGCAAAAAUACCCGGAAAAACUCAGCAGGUCUGGCAGCAUCUGCGGAGACGGACACAAUUAACGUUUCGAGCCUGAAUGACCCUUCAACAGAACUAAGUAAAAGUAGAAGAGAGGUGAAAUAUAAGAUGGUUUCAUUCUUGUUGGUUAAGCAUGAAGGUGGCAACUCUGUUUUAGCGAAUUUAUCUGUUGAGCAGACAGUCAGUAAUGCUGAGGGAGAAGCGGGGUGGAAACAUAAUCAGAUUUACCACCCGGUGACUCUGUCUGGAUAUGGGCAGGAGGGAGGACACGAUAGGGUCGGGUGGUUAUGCCAGUGUAAGCUGGGCACAGUGCUCACUGUCUGGGGUGAGUAAGCAGAAUAUUGUGGAAUAGCAGCUGGUACUUUAAUGAUUGGGGAAGGGGAGAGGGUUGAAAGCAACAAAUGCAGCAUUGUGGGCUGUGGAGUAAACAUGUCAGUCAGUUCUACAUUCCCACUGGGUGAUACCAUUGAAGCAGCUUAUAUAUGAAACUUAUUGCAUGCACUCCUUCCUUUAUACAAUUAUUUUAGUAAGACUGUAUUAGGAAUAGAGUCAGCUUUGCACUGUUUGCCAGGUGCUGUUUCUUUAGUGAGUGAAAUUCUUGAAUCAGCCUCUUUUAAUGGCAGAUUUUAUUUAUGUAGCAGUUAAGUGGAAUCUGUAUUCUUGUUAUUGGCAGUAACUUUGAGUUUUGAUGGUAAAAGACGAGCUAAUACAAUAGGUGAAAGGAUAGUCUGUUCGUUUUCAUUUGGUAAGUGCCCACAGCACCAAGUCCUGUCCCAAAUGGAAAUCUGACUACGGUUGCCCAGGCAGGGUGAAUGGUUGAUGCUGGCGAGUGUUGCUGCAAGGUGCAGUGUUUGAGACAAAAUGAGAAGAAGCCUCAACUUGCGCCCAGCCCUUGCAUUAUAGAAAUAAAUUCACCUCGCUGGGUAGGAAAUGUUCCAGUUGACAUGCUCCCUCAACACAUGCAAAUUCCUUAAAGACCUUUCUCUGUGUUCUUCUCAUUGCUCGCUAUUGCUGGGGCAACAGAUCUGUUUCCCUACAGAUAGCUUAGUACAACAAAGAUUUUAUAGAUCAUACAGCAAAGAAGGAGUCCAUUCAGCUUCUCAUACGAGUGCUGGCUGUUCAACAGAGUUAUUUACUUAGUCCUGCCCCCUGCUGUUCCUCAUCCCCUGUUAAUUUCCCCUUUCAAUUUAUUUAUCUAAUUCCCUUUUGAAAGUUAUUAUUGAAUCUGCUUCCACCACCCUUUCAGGCAGUGCAUAAGAAUUCACUAUUAAAAAAAAUUCUCAUCUCCCUUCUGAUGUCUUUUUGUCAAUUACUGCAAACCUGUGUCCUCUGGUUACCAUGUUGGAUCUUGGCAGUGGGAACAGUUCCCCCUCCCGAUGCACUCAUCAAAACCGUGUUCAUUUUUAAAUCAUAAACUUCUCCAUAUGCUAGAGUUUUCAGUAAGCUUUUUAUUGUUUGUACAUCUGUCGAGUUUGGAGGCUGAUUUCCAUGCCCCUGCUUCCCCCCUACCCAAUCUGCCAUUUUAUAGUGGGCAAGAUCAGAGCAUGAACAGUUGAAUCAGUUUGCAUGGCGUUUCUCUGAUGCUUUAGCAGUGUGUUCUCCUCCUAUUAUUUUAAACUGGUUAACAUCUUCAGCGAAAGGGAAUUCUGAAGAAUGACAUCAAACUUGUCAAAAGUUUCUUCACCCAAACUUGAUGUUGGCUGUAAUGCCCUCUAUAGUGGAAUAGCUUGCUGGUCAACACUGUUGAUGGUCACGUCCUUUUGGUUGGCAUACUGAUGAGGCACCUGGUUACUUGUACAACUCCGGCCCAGCAGACACAUCCAGUGAGAGAGUAACAAGGAGAAUUAAAUAUCUGAGUAAAAUAAAUAUAUUAGAGAGCAGAAUAGCUAGUUGAAGAGAGAGACUAGAAGUAAACCAUAAAGGGCAGAGGUAGGUUGCUGAAUAGCUGAACCAUGGCUGACGAAAGUUGGUUAGAGCUUUGCUGUAUUUGGAUAUUGAGUGGGGUGAAAGCCAGUUUCAGUCUGCAGCACUGAGUAACCCAACAUAGCUUUUGGUAACUGGUGUGGACAGGUGAGUACUGUUCCAGGCAAGGUGCAUGCCUAUUAGGGACAAAUAACCGAACAAAUCAAACAAAAAAAUCCAAACUUCCUUUAUUUAGCCAGUGUGAAUGCAGUCUGCAUUAUCCAUUUUUUCUUAAGUGUCACAAGGGGAUUAACACUCAUGGACUUGUCUGUUAUUUAUCUAGGAAUAUUGACUGUGAAACUACCCUUGCAAUAAUGAACCUGCCGGUCCUGUAAGUCAGCAGUAGUCAUGGUUUUUUAUAUACUUUGUUUGUUUGGUCUCAUUUCUGUUUCAGCAGAUGCUGCUAAAUUACAGUAUUACCCAUUGGAAGCUUGACCCAAGGCUGUUUCUACCUGUUCCUCACGACUUUGUGCCUACAUUUUAAAAACAUGUUAAUAUAAAAGCAAAAUACUGCGGAUGCUGGAAAUCUGAAACAAAAGCAGAAAAUGCUAGAAAAGCUCAGCAGGUCUGACAGCAAUUUUGGAGAAAGGAACAGAGUUGACCUUUCGAGUCCGUAUGACUCUUCUGAAGGGUCAAAAUGUCAAUUCUUUCUCUUCUGAAGAAGAGUCAUACAAACUAGAAACGUCAACUCUGUUUUUCUAUCCACAGAUGCUGUCAGACCUGCUGAGUUUUUCCAGCAUUUUCUGUUUUUGUUUGAAAAACAUGUUAACUGUUUUGCUGCACAUCCUUUUGGGCGCAAUCAUUUCUGAGGAGAGGGCGGGUACUGCAAAAUUGCUCUCCUUUUAAAAAAAAAAAAUUUUCUUGUAUGUACUUCAAAAUGUUCCAUGUUAAGGAAUCGGCAUAGUGUCCUUUUCUUUAGAAAGGUAUUACCCAAAAGGCUAUUUUUUCCCCCCAGUUGCAAAUAUUUCUUCUUGUUCCAAAACAGAGUGUUGAGAGUACUGUAACUUCAUGACAUGUUAAUGUUACCGGAGUACAUGUUAUUUUAUCCUCUCGAGCACCUACCCCUACAUCACAAGUAGUGAGAAUGAGAAUUGAAAUAGCUUAUUCUUCCUUAACACUUGCAGUAUAUGCUAAGCUUCAAACACUUUCGUGUUAAUCGAGCUUUUAGCAUUAUGGAAUGGUAACGUCUAGAACGCUCUAUAUGGUUUGAUUUCAUUUCCUUUUAUUUGUUUAAGCGGUAACUCGCUCUCGUUAAAGAAACUAAACUUUGUUUCAAAUUCUUUUUACCUCUGUGACUUACUAGUAUGUAGUAUUGCAAUCAACACAAACCUACUAACAUUUCUCAUGCUGCUGUAUGUGUGGCACUGUGUGGGAGAGAGAGUGCGAGCAUGCCUGGGUGAUCUUAAGGGACUACAAAAACCAAAAAACCAACCAAAACUGUCAUUGGUAUUCUUUCCCCUCUGAAGCAUCAAUACUAUGAUGGUAAUUAAAGGUCAAGAUAUACUAUGAUGUUGGUUGGUUUGAGAGAAGUGGGAGGGGGCUGGAUGAUGGAGAUGGGAGUACUAGUCCAUAGUACACUGAGUGUGUGUGUGUGUGUGUGUUUGUAACGUGCUAUGUAUUUAUCCCAUGAAUCAAUGUAUGAGGCACAUAUUCAGCCUAGUUAACUAGACAUUACCUUUUUUUUAAAGAGUGUAGAUUAUGUACUACAACUCCUUUUAAUGUAAUCGUGUUCAGUUCAAACCAAUGGUUUGUUAGUCUUUCCAUUUUUCUUUUUAAAAAAAACUUGGUGAACAAAUGAACCACAUGCCUUAAAAUCCAGUUAAUGAAUGUUCAACACAAUUUUUGUUCUCACACAAGUUGUAUAAACUCUGUACGGUGAUAUAAACUAACCAUUUGUUUGCUUGAAGAGCAGAAGAUUGUGCGGGAAACACAGUCCUGGACAGCUGUUCCAAACACAGAAUUGAGCAUUCCGUCAAUCUUUAAUCCUGUAAAACUCUCGACUGUUCUAAUACCGGUGUUUGUACAUGGUCUGUUCUGUGCCUCUGAUUCCAAAGGUGCUCCAAAGGAUGUUUGCCUUUUAAAUGGUUGCUUGGGGAGGGUUGGAGGUGGGGAAGGAGUGGGAAAGGAAAUGUAGCAAUGGAAGCUAUGCAAAACAAGCUGUCAAGGCCAGGGAGUGUUGGUUCUUCCCUCAUCGCAUCCCUCAACACCUUUCAGUUGUCGUAUUAUUUCCCUGCUUACUCCUAAUUGUAUAAAAGAACACCGGAGAGGGAGGGGAGAGAGUGGGGUGGGAGGUGACAUGCUUGUUUUUCAUAGUUUUAAUGUGGUUCCAGAGUUGGUGACACUUUUCCACUUUGAUUAGCAAUACUUGAGAAACACUAUAAAGUUUAAGAGGGAAAGAAACAGAAAUGGUUGUUACUGUCAGUUACUGAAUAAUCUGUUUCUUUACUUUCACCAAUAAAAUAAACUUUUAAACAACUGUCGUACAGCAAGUAUUUUUCUACCGUGCAGCAGUCAUUCCUGGCACAGCAAAGCCAGGGAGCUAUGUUGCCAUUUUGCCACUAUUCACCAGUGUAACUGAAGGUAUAGUGGUGUUUGAUGUUGAAGCUUUCUUGAAAUUUGAGUUUGUCUUAAUGAGCAAAUCUAUUAAAAGCCAGCCUGCUUUCUACUUCAAAAGCCUAGGACUUCAAAGGGUCUUUUUUUUCCCCCCUGUUAAAUGGCAGUUGUUAUGCAGACAGGUCCACAAGUGCUGCCAGGCACUGAUUCAAUGGCUGGUGAAUUCCUGAGGCCUGAUAUCAGUCUUGGAAAGUAGGCAACUCUCAGAAUGUUUACAACACUAGGUGCCAUUUGACUCAUCAGGUCUAUGCUGGCUCUCUGAAGGGGCAAUUCACAUAGUGCCACUCCCUCACCUUGUAGCCCUUCACAUUCUUCCUUUUCAGAUAGUAAUCCAAUUCCCUCUUGAAUGCUUGGAUUGAACGUGCCUCCACCACAGUGUCUGGCUGUGCGUCCCAGAUUGAUUAAGGACCUCUUGUAUUAGAGGUAAAAGAACUCUGAAACUAAACCAUGACAGGGCACACAAACUGGGAAAAUAUCCAAUAGGAGAAACUGAAAAAAGACUCCCACCAGUUCCCUGACAUGUAAGAUAGGCAUGGGAGUCAGAUAGAAGCAAAAUAAUUCUGGUGUCUCACUCCCAGCUGGAGUGACUGCAUGUAAACAUUGGGUGGAAAUUAGAUUUGGCAAUGAUGUGCCUGCUAUCAAAUAGGCAUGCAAAUAACUACAGUUAAUUACUUUUCAUAAACUAUUGUCUUAAUCUCAAAGCCACCAUAUGAUCAAGGAAAAGUUAAGUUGUGCUUCAUAAUGAAAAUGUGGAAAUCAUAACCACACACUAUUAGCCAUACAUCAGCACAGACUAGGAUCUUUGUUCUGUCGAAGGGUCAUGAGGUCUCGAAAUGUCAACUCUUUUCUUCUCCACCGAUACUGCCAGACCUGCUGAGUUUUUCCAGGUAAUUCUAUUUUUGUCUAGGAUCUUCCCUGCUUUUAGAUGAUGCAGUAUGUUAAUUCUUUAAUCAAUGGUGAGCUCGAAGUUAAUACACUCUGAGAAAUGAGCCUAACUCUUGGCUUGAAAAUGGCCCACACUUCUCCACAGUGACUUAGAAUCUAGAAGAUUAAUAGAAUCAUAUAGCAGAGAAGAAUGCCAUUCACCCUGUGCCAACUCUUUGAAAGAGCUAUCCAAUGAGUCCCACUCCCCAUUCCCUUUCUCCAUUGCCCUAUAAAUAAUUUCCCUUCAAAUAUUUAACCAGUUCCCUUUUGAAAGUUAUUGUAAAUUUAUUGUCACCUCCCCUCUGGUUCUUUUGCAAAUUAUAUUAAAUCUGUGUCCCCUGAUUACCAACCCUCCUACCAGUAGAAACUUAUUUCUCCUUAUUUACUCAACCAAAGCCCUUCAUGAUGUUUUGAACAUCUUUAUCAAUCCCCCUGAUCAUUUUCAGUCGAAGGGAAACAACCCCAGUUUCUCCAGAUUCCCCAAAUAAGUGAAGUUGAACAUCUGUGGUACCAUUCUGGUAAAUUUCUGCACCCUCUACAAGACCUUGGCAUGCUUCCUAAAGUGUGGCGUUAAGAAUUGAACAUAGUACUCCCAACUGAGGCCUAAUGAGUAAAGAUUGACCAGAAAUUUCUUGCUUUGCACUCUAUAUCUCUAUUUAUAAAAGCAGUGAGCCUUUGUGCUUUGUAGACAAGUUUGAGAGCAGGGCUCAGUGUAUUAAGAGAUUAAUGCUGCAUUCAUUACUUCAUGAAGUAAUGCAUAUUGGUGCUUCAACAUAAUGCUCUGCCCUUGUUUUGUAUUUUCAAUUUGGUGAAAUAUUCUUUUUAAGGAGGAAACCAAGUAGUGAGUGGGAAUUGGAGGAAGAGUGAGGCAAUGUGAUUGCAUGUAUGACUGAAGAAGUGACUAGCCAGAAGUAGGGUUGCCUACCCUCCAGGGCAAUCCUGAAGAUUGAUCGCCAGGACACUGCGAGCAAAACCCAGAAGAAAAAUCACUGGGGCAUUUUAAGAAAGUGUUUUUAAAUAAAAAUUCUUUGAACUCUUAA